UUUUCUUCUGUUGGACCAGGGAGGAGUGCAUCUGGUGAACUUGCUGAACGUGUACGGCCCCGGACUGGCCAUCCUCUUCGUGGUGUUCGUGGAGGCGGCCGGGGUCUGCUGGAUACUAUAUUUGUCGCCUCAUUGCUCAGCUACGAAGAGAUGUUGGAAGGAGAAUAUGUCUAUCCCAAGUGGAGUAUCAACUUAGGAUGGGCUCUUACAGCCAGUUCUUUAUCAUGCAUUCCUAUAUACUUCUUCUACAAGCUAUACAUCACUAAGGGAACCCUCUGGAAUCGACUCGUGAAAAUCAUGAAACCAGAAGAGUAUUGUUGCGAGAGCAGAGUGAUCAGCGCCAACUACGGAACGGCCGGCACUCACGUCUGACUGGAGUGGCUGGUCUAAGAACCAUCAUAUUUCUUCGGGAUUUGUGCCACGCCACAAGCUCGGAAUGUUGCGAGACACGGGCCAAGCGUUUGGGCGCCAGAUAUGGAAGAAACUUAUAAGGGAAUAUUAGAUAAGUAGUACAUAGUGUAAAGUAGGAACAUAAUGAUUAAUGCUUCAAACCACAAGCAAGGCACAUCUACUCAAUGGUAGUGUUGCUGAUCUCUCAGUGUUGAUGAGUUCAUAUGCCCCCAUGCCGUGUAAACUAUGCCAAAUAUCUCAUUUGUCUGUGUAGAUAUUGUAAUUAUAAGAUAUGCAUUAGUCAAAAAUAGAUAUGUUCCUAUAUUAUUAUUUCAUAUAGAUCUAAGAUUAAGUGUCGUAUCCUUUAGCUACUAUGUAAUCAGUGAUAAGUGAUAAGUCCCCCGCUUACAUCCUUCCUAGCUGAUGUGCCGCCGAAAACAACAAUGAAAACAGACACAUCAGGCAAGAAUACAAGGACAAUCACAGUUAUAUGUAGAUAAGACGCAUAAAUACUUAUAUGGUUAGUUGUUAAGUACUAUAUUAUCAUAUAUAUGCUGUGAAUGUGUGCCACAUUGAUGCAGGGAUCCAACAUUAUUAUAUAUUAUUAUAUCUAGAUGUCUAUGUUAAUAUCACCAUAUCUUAUAUAAAUUUGGUACCGUUUAGUUAUUGAGCUCAUACUGUACGGGUCAUUGUGAAGCUUUUGUUCUCAUAUAGAAGACAUUUGGUGUAGCUUUAACAAGGGGUGUCAAUGUCUCUGAGUGAUAUCUCUUUUGAAUGUAUAUGUUACGUAUAUAUCAUAUUUUAUAUUGAAUAUAUUUAUCUAAAAGCCCAAGUUCCCCUACAGCCAAUGGGAGUUUGGGCAUAUUAUAUAUUUAAUUGUACAUUUUUUAAAGUUUCAGUACAUAACUAAGAUUUUUAUUGGAAGUAAGCGUUCCUUAAAAUAACCUUUUGUUUUUUUGUUUUUUAAUAAUCAUUGAUUAUAAAAGUGUUAUAAGGUUAGUAAUGAAGUCAAAUAUAUUGUAGUAAAUUUAAUUUAUUUAAAUGUACAAACAUAUGCAGUUGUAUUAAUAAUGACAAUAGGAUAACUUGGGGUUUGUAUUUAAUUAUUACCAUUUAAUCUAGUGUUAGUUUUUAAGUCAAGCAAAGGGUCAAAUAUUUGUACCCGAAGUUUCCGUGCCUACGGUGGAAGGUAUCAGCCAUUGCCUUCUUACCGACAUAACCCCAUGACAAUAUCUGUUUACAUCUGGAACGAUAUAUUCAUAUUGCUAUCAUAUACAUAUUUAUGUGUAAUUGAAAUAAACUUAU